CUCAGGGCGGAGGGUCUGUGAGGGCACGAAGGGACGGCGCCCUGGGGUCACCGUGUGGGGCGGUUCUACCUCGCCUCUCUGCUGAAGUGGGCGGUCUCUCUUCUCGCCCCCUGUUUUCAAAGUAGUUACAGUUGAGAAAAAUAAAAAUUGAGAAAAAUUCAGGGUGAACAAAAUGGUGGUCGAGUUACGAGCAGGAAGACAGCAGGCGAGCGCCUUGAGGUGCAAGGGUCGAAGAGAGCGCAGGGAGUUUUGGACCAGAAUCUGCUGGUGCUCCUGUUCUUGCAGCGUUGAGAUAAGGAGGGUUUUGAUGCCGUGGAGACACUGUGUUCCCAGCCCUCCCUGGUGACUGAAUCCCCUUUCAGCUCUAGUCCUGUGUAUAGUUAAAUCACUCCAACUCCGCCUUCCCGGUCUGUGGAAGAACGGGAGGAAGGGAAUUGUUGCAAGCCUGUUGCUAUGGCCACGUAGCAGCGGGCUGAGCUGUUUGUGUGGCUGGAAUCCUGCUGCAUCAGCUGCUGCACGCAUUUAACUGGAUUUGGAGGAUGAAGUCCAGCCUAAUGCAUUUUGUUCCCCCAGUGAGUAGGGACAGAAUAAUCUCCCAGUUUCCCAAGUGGUACACACCUGAGGCCUGUCUGCAGCUUAAGGAGCACUUCCCUGCCCAGGUCAGCACUGCCUGUCAGCAGAGCACUGCAGCAGCAGGGCUGAAAAUAUCCAAAGUGGUUGUGGUAGGAGAUCUGUAUGUUGGGAAAACCAGUCUUAUCAACAGAUUUUGUAAAGAUAAUUUUGACCGAGACUACAAAGCAACCAUUGGAGUGGAUUUUGAAAUGGAACGUUUUGAGAUAAUUGGAAUCCCAUAUCAUCUCCAGAUAUGGGACACAGCAGGUCAGGAAAAGUUCAAGUGCAUUGCAUCUGCUUACUACCGAGGAGCAGAGGUUAUAAUAACAGUGUUUGAUCUGGCUGAUAUCCAAACUUUGGAUCACACUAAACAGUGGCUAGAAGAUGCACUGAGGGAGAAUGAACCAGAUUCCAGCUUCGUCUUUCUAGUUGGAACAAAAAAAGAUCUGGUGUCAGAUGCUGUGUGUGAAAGGACAGAGCUGGAUGCCAUCCGCCUGGCCAAUGAGAUGCAGGCAGAAUAUUGGUCAGUCUCAGCCAAAACAGGGGAAAAUGUCAAAGAAUUGUUUUCCCGAGUUGCUGCCUUGGCCUUUGAACAGUCCAUGAUAAAGGAGCUGGAGAACACUCCUGGGCACAUGGCCCAAAUUGGGGCAGGAAAUCUCAUCAACCUGGAGAACAUUAUGGAAAUCCCAGAAGGCAACACUCAAGUCAACCCGAGUUGCUGCUAAUUGUCAACUGUUCCUUCAGGCACCGUGCUUCUCUGCAGCACAGCACAGAGCACCUGCAGCAGUGCAAACUCUCAGGCCAGAAACAGAGAGCUUUAAUUUGGGAAACAAGGGAGGAAAAACUUAGCCAAACUUUCCUUCUGAGAGUUCCCUUGCUGCUGCAGGCUCCUUGUGCAGGGUGGUACAAUUGUUACAUAAACCUUUCUCUGUGUAGUCGAAACACAACAUCCUUAAUGCAAGGAGACAUUGCCAGUGCCAUGUGCUCACCUGUCUGCCAGAAGUGCUUGUCGUCAAAAAUGAUGUCAUUUUAGUGUGUUGUUCUUUGAUAAUUCUCUGGAAAUCUUAGAUAGUGAAGUUGCAUUCCCAUGGGGGCAGGAAACAAGUGGCAGUUCAGAAUAAAGUUCAGAAUAAGUUUUUCCCUUUUAAAGUCAUAGCAUAAAAUAACUGUGAUCUGCUUUUGUGCAUUCCAAGUAUUUUGGAACUAUUCCAGUAAAAAUCUUUUUAAGUAUCAGGUAUGGAUACACAAAUGCAGACUGCAUAGUUUCCACUGUGGUUUCUUCAUCCAGGAAAAAUCUGUAUUAUUUUUCAUUUUCCACUUGAGAAUCAGAGCCCAGUGUUUAAGUAUUUCCAAGCCUAGAAGUCCAGGUAGGAACUUUGUUGUUUUAUCCCAUCUGUCUAAUAUUUUGAAAAUGUUACCAGAUAAGAAUGCUAUUCUUUUCCACUCACUUGAAUAAGAAAGAAUGGUCUCACAAGUGCAUAAUAUGGAACACAUAUUCCAAAGAGGAUGCAGAUUCCUUCUCUGCAUUGAUCUUCAUGAAAAUUGUCUACAUGCAGUCCUACUUUGUUGCUAAGAGUAAUUCACAGAUUUCACAGAAUAUUCCUAAUUGGAAGGGACCCACAGGGAUCAUCGAGUCCAGCUCCUCAGUGAAUGGCUCAUAUGUGGAUUGAACCCACAACCCUGAUGUUAUUGCACCCUGCUCUAACCACCUGUUUUGGUUUGGGUUUUUUUUGUAAUAAUAUAAUAAGAUUUUGGAACUGUAUGUGGUCUCAGUCAUGAAUCUGAUCACCCCUGUCUGAGGUGGGAACUCAGAGCCAGCAAGGCUGGAUUCCAUACUGAGGUAAAGCAGCUUUAAAAUGCUCUUUUUUCCCUUGGGCAACAAUGACUGAUGCCCAAAGACAUUCCUCUUUCAAAAGUUAUUCCUGCUGACAAAUGGCAUUGUCAAAAAUUACUAUAACAAAUACUUGGCCAGUAUUUGUGAAAUUGCAUUAGUAUGCUUGAUUAUGCCAAUUAGGUUUAAACUGCAGAAGUACCAAAGAAGUGGAAGGGAAAUACACUCAUUUUAUUUCCUUCUAAGUUUUCCAACAGCUCACUGAAUUCUAACAUUCAGUCGUGAGUGUCUAGUUAAUGAUAUUUCUCUAAGGAUAAAUGAGAUGUUAUAAAUCUUUUGCUUGCAGUAAACUGUUCAAAUGUAUGGCCUUCACAACUACUGUAAGCACUCAAAUCAUAGAACUAACGAAGGAAUCAAGGUGGGACAACAGAAACACUCUUUCUCUAGGGAUCUAUCAGCAGCUUAGAACUCCCAUAUUUCUAAGGUUUGUAUCCAGCACUUCAUGCUAUGCUGGCAUUAAAAAAAAAUAGAGUAUUUUAAAUUUCAUACUGCAAUAAUUUUAAAUGGAGAGAAAGAAGAAAACUUAUGAAUGGUUACAAGUUACAGUUUCUUAAGAUAGUAAUGCAAUCACUGCAGAAACAACAGUAUCUGGAAAACUAAUUAUAACAGACCCUUUCAGAUUUGAGCUGCUCAGAAAUAAGGACACUUGUUAAUAAAGCAAUGCAUCAAACUGAAAAUACUCUAGAUUCUCUGACAUUUUCCCCAAUUUGUUUGACAAGACAUAGAAAAAAGUGGAGAAAAGAUGACUUAAACAUCUUUUUUAUUACUUUUAUUUCAUUAUGAUGUAAGUUACAGCAGCUUCACAAAAAAUGAUGGAUAGAGAUCUAAGAACUCUCUGUCUGUUUUAUUGGACAAUCUUCACUUUGGCAAUUGUGCUGACUGUUGGCAAAGACACAAAUGUAGCAUUUGGUGGAAAAAAUGAGUCUGUGAGGGUAUGUAAGGAGCUAUUUAUCCAAAUGUGUGAUAUUUUGACCUUAUGGUGUUCCAUGUAUUAGUCCAGUCCCCGAGUCUGCUUCCCAAGGAUGACAAAUACACACUUUGCUUGUGCCGUGUGCUGGGCUGAGCGGGCAGCGUGGCCACGGCCUCGUGUUUGCUGAGUCUGAAUGAGAGGAGAAAAGCUGGUUCCCUCUGCUGCAGCAAGUCAGGUUGGCUGGGCCUGGUGCUGGGUUUCAGUGCUGGCAUGCUGGUUUAGUGUUUACAGUGCAAAAUGACUCUAGCAAAUCCAAGAUAAAAAUCGGGAUUUUUUUCUGCCCCUCAAGAAAUAUGUCUCCUGAGGGUUUCUUUUGUUGAUGAGCUCGGUUAUUGUAUAAAAUCACAGAGAUGCAAUCUCUUCAGCAACACAAUCAUGGUGCUUGGAAAAUCAACUGGGACAGGUUUUCUUCUAGUGAUUCAGUACAUUGCUUGAUGUCAUUACUGUUUAGUAUCAUCUGGAGCUCCAAAAAGUUCAAAUACAAAUGCAAUACUCAGUCAGUCAUUAACUGUGACUUGACAAUGGCCUGACUCCAUCUCUAUUAUAUGAUGGAUGCUUUGAGACUGGGGUUUUUGUUGUUGGUGUAUUGGUUUUUGUUUGGUUGGGGUUUUUUUCGCUUGGUUGGUUGGUUUUAAGGACGUUUUUUUAGUGCUACUGAGAUUUCCCCUGCAACAAACUCAGUAUUAAUAUUUAAUCAUCUAAAAUGGAUCUUGGAUUGUGUUGCAAAUGAUGAGUUGCUGAGGAAAGCACAAAGGAAAAUGACUAUAGAAAAUAAAUAUGAAUUUGCAAGUUCUAACUGGUCAGUGUUUUACCUCUGUAUGUUAAUCCAUUCUAUCAGCAAAUUAAUUGGCUUAGAAGAAGCCGUAAUACCACGGAAAAGAGUGUUGAAAAAACUGUAUUAACUGUAACCAUGGGUGGGCUAACCCACGAUCUCUGUACCAGUUGAAAUUCCCUCAGUGAUUAUGGCAACAGUCACAGCUCCAGCUUCCUUGUGGAACUUUCAGGUGAGAAACUGAAGAAGUGGAAUUUGGAGUCAGUCUGAAGCAAAGGUAAAGAGCAAUUGGAAUAAUCAAUUCCCCCUGGAAGGACUAAUGUUAUGCUGUUUCUUGUCUUAAUAAGUAGAAGCUUAACAUGUUAAUGAUUUCCUGGUUAUAUAAGGGUGCAUUUGUGCUGAGCAAAACUACUGGCAAUGGAUCAAAAGCUAUUUAAGAAAGUAAACUGACAAAGUUAA